ACAUGAUAACUAUUCUCUUUUUCUUUAUAACUUUAUUAAACCAAAAUUAAUAUUAAUAAAAAAACUUUUUGGCCGCAAUAAAAAAUCAUCACCGAGAUUCAUACCGAUUUCACAGGAACCAGACAACGGCGUUUUUCUCUUCUUCACCCAAAACUGACUGUAUUCUAGCUGUGUUCCAAAUUUUCUUUUGCCCUGUAGUAUUUUGGUGAAUGCUCUAACUUCAUUAGGAAUUUCUCGCAUAGUUACCUGGAGAUUGACGUUUAACCUUUCUCACUUUUAGCACAAUGAAAGGCAUGUAUCGCAGUGGUGUUUUCAGGAAGUCGAGUGGUGGUGGAAAACUAAUUAUAACCACAAUUAUGGGAAUUGUAGUUGGAUAUUUUAUUGGUGUUUCUUUUCCAUCCGUUUCUCUUACCAAGGUUAUAUUACCUUCAAGCAUUUAUUCACCAUUUGAUGUAACAAUGCGUGAGGAUCGAUCUAAAGCCCUAGAACGCAGUUUCCCUGAAAAUCUUGGCUCUGGUAAUACACCUACAACACCUAAGAUCUAUGUUCCAACAAAUCCUCGUGGUGCGGAGUCAUUGCCUCCGGGAAUCGUGGUCGCAGAGACCGACUUAUAUUUGAGAAGAUUAUGGGGUGAACCUAGUGAAGAUUUGAAGAAAAAGCCGAAGUACUUGGUAACUUUCACCGUCGGUUGGGGUCAGAGGAACAAUAUCGAUGCAUCGAUAAAAAAGUUUUCUGGGGAUUUUCAAAUCUUGCUUUUUCACUAUGAUGGCGUAGUUACAGAGUGGGAUCAAUACGAGUGGUCAAAGCAGGCAAUUCACAUCAGCGUUAAGAAACAAACCAAAUGGUGGUACGCAAAGAGGUUUCUGCAUCCGGAUAUUGUAGCAGCAUAUGAUUAUAUUUUCAUUUGGGAUGAAGACCUUGGUGUUGAACACUUUAACGCAGACAAGUAUAUCCAGUUGGUUAAGAAACACGGUUUGGAGAUUUCUCAGCCUGGUCUUGAACCCAAUAACGGAUUAACAUGGCAAAUGACAAAGAGGAGAGGUGAUAAGGAAGUUCACAAGGAUACGGAAGAGAAACCGGGAUGGUGCAGUGAUCCUUAUUUGCCUCCAUGUGCAGCAUUUGUAGAGAUUAUGGCUCCGGUAUUCUCUCGGACAGCUUGGCGGUGUGUGUGGCAUAUGGUUCAGAAUGAUCUGGUGCAUGGAUGGGGUUUGGAUUUUGCACUUAGAAGAUGCGUUAAGCCUGCACACGAGAAAAUCGGCGUUGUUGAUUCACAGUGGAUCAUUCAUCAAGUCGUUCCUUCUCUCGGUAGCCAGGGUCGGUCUGAGAACGGUGAAGCGCCAUGGAAAGGGGUAAGAGAUAGAUGCAAAAGCGAGUGGGCAUUGUUCCAAGAUCGACUUGCGAAUGCCGAUAAAGCUUACUUUAAGCAGAUGGGAUAGGACCGACGCAGGAAGUCAUGUACAUUGUUUUGUUUGUUUCUUGACCCGUUUUUAGCCCGAUUCAGCCCGUGAGGUGGUUGGUUGGGUGAUAGGGAUCCAUACUUUGUACUGUAGCAUAUAGUCCCACUAUAUGAUGAGAGAAUAUGUCAGCUUUUGUGCAUAGUUUAUGUUAUGAUACCAUUCAGCAGUCUGAGUGGUUCCUAUCCUUUCUGUUUGAUGUUUGUAUAAUCUUAAAUCACUUUUUGUUGGACCAGAAAAUAACAUGAUUAGAGUUUGAUCUUGUUGAUUGUUAUCUUUCUACAUUUCUA